UUGGCGGACCGCGCCGAGGGAACAGAGAGUUGAUCUGUUUGCAUAGGUGUGGACCAGGCCGUGGAGAUGAUUUCACAACUUGCCCAUCGGCUUGCAGCGUCUGGUAUGAAGUCGAAGCGUAAGGAGAGCAAGAUGAUGCCAGGCAUGGGAUUGGGGCCAUCGCCGUCCUAUGUUCUCUGCCAGCCAUCCGGGCAGGAAGCGAUGGAAAUUCUUUUGGUGACCGAGACGGGUCUCCUGGGAACACGCUUCGAUGCAGCAGCGUGCAGCGGUUUUGCAGCGCGGUUCUUCAAAAUUGGCCGAGGUGGGUUUGCGUUGAGUUGGGCCUGUUGCACGCCAGUCACCGACGAUCCGACGGCGCAGUUUCUGGCGGCUGGUCAUCGGGCGCCUCGGUAUCCCGAGAGGCGGCUGGGUCCUGGAGAAUGGUCGAGGGUCGCGUCGAAGAGGCAGUCGCUAAACUAAAAGCGAGCAGGAGUGCAUAAGAAGGACUGAAGGAAGGAGGGGCAUGGGAACGUGGCCACUGCGUUGUUGGUUCAAGCUUCCGCAGUUGGUUGCAACUGGGAAGUCGCUGGCGACCCCGCCCUCUGCAAGCAUCGAGAUGGGUUGCUGCAUGGCGUCCUACCGGUCGCAGGACGUGGAGGGAGCGAGCCUCAGCGACGCCCACGAGCUGGGCUGAUCCGUGGCCUUGCGGCUUUUUUCCCACGCCGAGCUUGUGUAGCUCUCGUGCCGUCUACCAUGACGUCUCCUCCUCCCUCUCUUUUUUUUUUCUCUCUCUCUCUCUCUCUUCUCUCUCUCUCGCUCUUGCUCCUUGUUCUCUAUCUCUGUCCCUGUCCCUGGUAUUCCUUUCCCACGCCGAGCUUGUGUAG